AUGAUGUCAGAAGACACGAAUAAAUCGUUCAGCCUUGACGAUGGUGCUGAAACUAAUGACUUAGAUGUCAAUCAUAAUGCUGCUGAUGCCAUACAAAGUCAGGAUAAUCAAUGGCUUGAUGAUCUGCGUGUUGCACUCGAGCGCGGAUGUGAUUUGGGCGCGAUUCGCAAUAUUGGUAAAUGUCGGGCACUGACAGACGACCUCAGAUUACGUGUUUGGAAAAUUUGUCUUAAUAUCGAUGAAAAUGCAACCGAAACGGAUUUCAAUGAUAGUAAUACUCUUGAUUUGCCACAACAAAAUGUGAUACGUGAUGAUAUUGCACGUGUACUGCAAGCAUUGCAAUUGCAUCAGGAUUCGUCUACUACGAAAAUGAAUGAUAUUGAAGCAGUGAUUACUCAUUAUUGUAAAAAGCACAAUGAAACUUAUGAGAAAGGAAAUGGAUGGAUUGAGAUUUUCAAACCUUUAAUAACCUUAAAUUAUCAGGAUCGAUCGGAACUCUAUGCAUUAUUCUCAAGCAUUCGUAAUCGUUAUAUUCCUCGAGAUUGUGAAGCCGAUGGAAUGCCUUAUCAUCUAUUUCGAUUAUUGUUACUCUACCAUGAUCCGGAAUUGUGUAGUUUUUUCGAUACAAGAAAGAUCACGUCAGAUUUAUAUGCACAUAUUUGGAUUCGAAGUUUAUAUGCAGGAUCAUGUCCGUUGAACAUUACUUUACCACUAUGGGAUGGAUACUUUCAACAAGCUGAUCAGUUUUUUGCAUUUUUUCUUGCUCUAGUUUUACUGAUGUUUGCGAAAGAACAUUUAUUGGAAAUGGCCAACAAAGAAAAACACGAAAUUAUCGAUUUCUUAUCGAAAGCACCAGCGAAUCUAACUGUUGCUGAUCUAGAUGACUUUUGCUCAUUAGCGAAUCAUUAUGCUACCAAUACACCUCAAUCGUUUCGAAAAGAAUUUUACUCAUGUUUAUUUAAUGAAAUCGAUCGAUCAUUUUCUCAAACAGCCUAUUCAAUUUAUCAAGCAUUAUGUUUACCUGUUUCUGUCAAAGAAUUACUACAGGCAAAUCAACUCGGCGGAGCAGCAGGUGUCAGAUAUUUUAUUGUUGAUUGUCGACCAGCUGAUCAGUACAAUGCCAAACAUCUUUGUACAGCAUUUCAUCUAGAUGCUAAUCUCUUAUUGGAAGAUCCAAAAGAAUUCGCUGUUACUGCUGAUGCACUUUUCGCAACACAGCAGAAUGCCAUCGAUGCUGGUUCGACAGCAGGUGGUGAACAUCUUUGUUUUAUGGGUUCAGGCAACAAUGACGAAGAUAAAUAUCUCCGUAUGGUUGUUGCUUAUUUUCUUCAACGAAACACAAAAUAUGUUAGCAUAGCUUCCGGUGGUUAUAAAAUUCUUGCAAAUACAAUCGAAGAUCCGUCUAUGUUAACUCAAUCAAAUCAACGAACAGCGCGAGACCCUUCGUCGAUUGGGACAACGCUCAAGUAUAAUAUUGCAGAAAAAUUGCCGGCGAUUAAUACACAAACUGCUUCGAUAUUUAACAUGAUUUCCAGUGCAGUAAAAACGAAAUCUCUCGAAGUGAAAGACAAAGUUAAAGAUUAUAUCACUCACACAUCUCAUCCCGACUCAAUCCAUUCCCAAUCUCGGCAUGUGAGCAAACAAGAUCGAACCGACAAACUCUAUCGACAAAACCAAACAUCGGUUUUUUCACUUGAUGGCGACGAUGAUGACGAUAAUCAAGCAUUGUCUCAACAACGAGAAUCGGAACUUGUCGAUAUUGAAGCAUGGUUUCAACGAAGUGAACUCAUCUAUAAAUACGAAUGUGAACAUUUCGAUGAAAAUGAUAAAACCCAUCCAAGUUUUCUUUUAGCAUCGGCAACACAUUUAUAUAUCCUACGAAAACUUCCUGAACAUAAAACAAUGGCGAACCUUGUUUCACGUCGAUUAUUAACCACUAUAACUAAAAUCACGAGUAAAAAGAAUGUUCCGGAAAUUAUCACAUUCCGCUAUGCAACUAGUCAAGAAGAAGAUGAAGAGCAAGAAAAGGCAAUACGAUUCAACCAGAAAAGCACGAAUUCGAAAAUUCCAGUCGAUUGUGAUAAAGUAUUUGUUCCCGAUGCCGGCGAUGCAACGAAAAAUAUCAAAGUUUUAAUCAUGAAAGCAUUAAACAUGUAUGAAAACUCGAAUGAACCUCGAAAGAAUUAA